UUGGUGGUGGUGGUGCUGCUGCUGCUCCUGGUGGUGGUGGUUGACGCAGUGCCGUAGCGAAUUUCUGGAACGGGGCCGAACGGGGUGGGGGAUUUGGAAUCCUAAAUCGAGCGACGAUCAGCGGGCUUUUAUUGCACGGACUUGCCAUACAUAGUGCACUCACUAUAAACCCGAUUAUUCGCGUGAUUUGACAGACGUAAAUUUUUGCUUAUGCCAUAAGCGUUGAUGAGGAGAUCCCAAAAAAACCUCCCUUUUCCCAUAUACGACUGUUGUAUGGAACUGGAUGUGUUAACACCCGCGGAAGCGCCGUGACGUGACGCGAGUUUGCGCCGCUUUAUUGCCUCGUGGAAACUUACGAUUCGUGUCGAUGGGCACGACAUUCUUUAAGGGGAUAGUAAACGUCAUACGUCACGUGCAUCGUUGCGCUGUCGACGUUGCUUCGCGUCGCUGCACCGCGACGUGUGGUGCACAUCGACGGUGAUGUAACGACGAAACGUACGCGUGCACUGCGGGAACUCUUAUUUGUAGAUGCAAUGUUCCAGCAAAGUGAGACGUAUGUUCGCCUUAAUAACUGCGCGGCCGCGUGGCGUAAUUGAGACGCCACAAGUGAUAUAGCGCGCGCUCCGGCGCGAGGAUCCAAUUUAGGGGAACAAUUACAUUUAUUUUCGUGAGCUUCCCGUGGAACGUGCGAAAUAAUAAAAGCUUUCCUGAAGACGUGCGAAAAGUUUCGUCCGAAUUUCCGCGUAUAUGUAAUGACACGUUUUCCAUAGAUCCUUCGGGAGAUCGUUCCGCAAAGUUUCCCUUUGAUAAAUCGCCAUGGCCAUUCUCAAGGACGCUAGUGAAUUUAUUCAUACUUAGAUGAAUACAUAAGUCCUGACAAUAUACCAGCGAUAAGAGUUAAGAAGGUCGAAUCUACGAGGUGCGAGAACGCCACGAUGCCACGGCCCUGAACCCGAGGGAGCUUGAGUGCAAAAGUAUUGAUCCGCUUCGCCCCCACUCGCAACCACCCCCACCGUGUCCAUCGUCGCCGUCGUGCCUUCCCGCCGUAGUUUCUCUGCCGCACUUUACCACCCUUCGUCGCCCUUUCCCGCCCUUUCUGGCGCACGCGAGAGAAAGAAGGACGCAGCGCGAGCGCAGCCGCGAGAGAACGGAGGGAAGAGAGGAGUGACUCGACGGCCCUACGAGGGGGCGAGCGCGGGAAAAUUCGCCCUCCAUUUUUCUCGCAGGACAGCAACACCGGCGCGAACCCUUCUCCAACGCAAGGCAAGGGCUGGGUCUUUUGUUUCUCCUCGCUUCGUUUGUUUUGCUCAUUAUCCGUCUCUCGGAUCGUCGAUAUUCCAUUACGUCCGUCGGCUUCCGAGAGAAAACAAUUAAGACGCGGCCGGUGCAUGAAUCUUCGCGCCUUUUAAACUGCGUUAAAUCGAAUCGGAGAUCGACGAAAAACAGAAAAUAUCUUGUUCUACCAUAGCAAAACCGAGACAGAGCAAGUUAUUAAAGUAGCUAUUAGCGCCUACAAUUAAUUACUUGCUGCAACACUUCAUAAAACUGUUAAAUUGCUUUCCAAAAUUCUCUUAAUAUGAAACAUCAUCUUUAAUGUUCGCUAUCUUCGUACAUGUUCUUCAUGAAGAAAUAAUAGCCAACUCAUUUGUACAAUUUCAGAGUAAUUUCGAGCCACGUUUCUACGCACAGAGCAUCAUUUGUCAUAAAAAAACGGAAGAAAUAUGACAUAAGUAGGCGUUAGCGGGAAUAUUUCUAUGACAGGCGGCAACAUAAUUAUCGCAGAUAGUGUGUUAUACUGUGUGUGUGAUAGAUUGUUAUAUAAAUUGCCGCAGCAAUUCACGAAACAAUUCAGCUUGCGGACCGUUCUUUCCGUCAGCUCAUUAGUAAUCCUCGAAUCCAUGUGGAGAGUUUGUCCUUAUUACAUUGUAAACGCGCUAUGUGGAGCGGCACGUGAACCACAUGCGACACGUGUCGCAAUGCCGUGAUGGCGCGGUUCCGCUUGAUUCCCUCCCUCCACUACCAUCGCAUCCCUUUUUUUCCCUCGUUCCUAAUUACCGCGAUUUAAGUGUCCUCACGUCACGCGACGCACCGCCCAGUGGGCUUGCGCAAAAUGCACCUGGUUGUACGAAAGGGACGCGCAUACACGAGCUUAACGAGCGAAUUUCGCCCGUACGCGGAAAUUGCAUUCGCCAUUGAGACAUACGCGAAUUACAUCUAAUAAACGUUGAAUGGAUGUUAACACCUAUGAUAUUAGAAUCGAUAAUGCCGAGCGGAACGACAAAGAAGUUCUACGCGUAAAAGGAAUAAUUUCCGGGUUACGGGAGUGAAUUGCUCGGUUACACACGCGCGGCGCUUAUUACAAUGUUCCUUGAUCGCGAUAAUGUGACGACCCUGGUUGCUAUCGCAUCGGCGAGUGCAUUAUUCAAAAGUAUCCGUGCACAAAGCUACGAUGCAUCCCGCGGCCUAGGGAGCUCCCGGUACACCGCCGCUCUUUACAAUACGUCGCGUUAUUAUUUAUUGUAUUACAUUACGGCGUUGUAUCCCCUGUGCGUUAUUAAUACCCGGACCAGCGAGCUGACCCGUCGCCACAUUAAUGGUGAGGAGAAGAAAAGGGUGAAAGACGGGGUCACACGUGGAGUGAAAACCGGAAAACUGAUACGCACUUUGCGAAUAUAUGCACGCAAGGGUUUUUGCAUAACAAUCUCUGCAUAAAGCUAACAGAUUCUCUGCAAGAGAAUUAUAUGCUAUGUCGUUGCAAGCCUGAUGUUGGUUAAUUCUGGAACGUAAACUUUAAACAAUCCGUUUCUAAUAGCAUUUAAUAGCGGGAUGACACUUAAUCACGAACGAUUAAAAUGCGAAAUGUUAAUAUUAAUCGGUUGAUGCAAAUUAUAUUUGCAACAAGUACGUGAAAUAUAGUAUACAAAUAAGAGUGCUUAUUAUCAAUAUUUGUGUUUGAAGAUGAAGAAUUCUUCGCGAAUAAAUAAUCAUUGAGUUUUGUCCUGUGUGCUUAUCUGCAGGAUUCUUUCACACGAUAAUUGAUAAUUCGUCGCGUGGAGAAUCGUGUCACGUUAUCCGUCAUACGAAACGAGAAAGAAACAAGAGAGGAAGAGGAGCAGGAGAAGGAAGGAAAGAAAAUGCCCUCGCCCUCAGAUGAAAUAUUUCCGAUGACUCGUGCGAAAGCGGACAGCGCGGCACGAAGUGGAAUGAAGUGAAAUAGCACUUCAUCCCUGCUGGAUGGAUCGGCGAAAGCUAUAACAGUAACCAUAACAAUGGAACCUGGAGGGUGCCCACGAUUUCGGGUAUCGUUUUUCCCGUGUGUGUAAGGAUGGCAGAAGAAGGCCGUCGUCGAGAGAAACAACCUCUACACAACCAUCCGCCCACGAGACGUGUCGGAUAAUGGUUGAUAUUAUUUGCUGAAAUUCCCAACGUCAGAAUAAAACCAAAAACGCCUUGAAUCCCGUACGAAAUUGAUCAUUGGAGAACUCGUGUCGGUACGAGUUUGAGUUCUCGAGCUUGAGCAUUCCUCGCAACCGAAAUCGCAAUCGAAAUCGCAACCGUACGAAUUCAUUCGGAGCAUGCACGGAUGUACGUGUCACGAGGUUUCUCCGUUGAAAAGCAUGACGUAUCGGAUCGUCGAAAAGUUUGUCGAGCAUUUUCGUAAAUUUCAGGCCCCGCAGCCCGUGAAGUAUGUCCUCUUUGUCACACCUACGGCUCCGAACAGGUUUAAUUUCGUUAAGAGCACUCGUGAAGCACCCCGAUAAAUUCCUGCGGCAGCCUGUAAACUUUUAAAGCAAAUUUUUGGGGUCUGAUCCUAUCGUGGAUCAGGCGGCAGCUGAUGUCGAGCGUCGCGAAAACAAGCGCAUUCUCGCCUCGGUGGCCCGACGCCUUUUUCUUCCCAGCGAAAAUAAAGAAGAUUUGGUCACGUGCGAAACGUCGAUCAGCCCGUCGCACCGAAGGGGAACGAGAAAUGAAAAUUGGUCCGUGACUACUAAGAUAGGAAUGCCGUACGGCGCCAUGAGAGUCGCCGUUUUUAGAGAUACUAUGUUUUCGAGAAAACAUAAUUUUGACUUUGCGCGGCAGAAUCGUACCGAGCAAUGCGGGCAGAUCGAUAAGAGCGACAAAUCGUUCCACGCGCGAAGGAGUCCCGAAACAUCUCCAUUCUCGAUCGUACGAAACUGUAAAGCGGCGAAGUGCAGAAAGAGAACAGAAUGAAACGCGAGCGAGCGAAAAUGAAGAGAGACGGGAGCGCCAGACGCUACGACUUCGAUGGGAUCGUUAAAAUUAACGAGCAUGUUCCAGCUCCUCGGAAGUGUCGCACGCUCCUCUUUUUCUCAUGCACCGAAUGGCGAUUCGUGCGGCAUGCAAGUCAUUUUUGGGGCACGGUGAUGCGUUAAGCGGGGCAGCAAAGUGCCAUCGCAUCGAUGACAUCGAGACUGUUAAUCGACUUUUUUUCAAAGGCAUAAACACGACGUGGCUCUCCAGCCAUACGACAUGCGUGAUUCCGUGCAAACACAGGUAGACACACGUAUGCGCGAAUACCACGACACCGAAACGCUGAAUGUGCAUCGUCACUGCGAACAUUAAUUCGAUGCAACAUCCAGGUAUGCAUCACCACUAGCUGCAGCGACGCAACGCGUUCCCUGCAACAAAGUAUCCCCUUCCCGUGGAAUGCCUUGAAAAUGCUCAUGUCACUAGUUUACGUAAUACACAGUACGAAGCGUGGUAUUAACGUAUUAUAAAGUCGCGUCGAGAUUUAAUAAUCUGCACGCGACCUCCUUGAAAUUCGCAAUUCGCGUUCGCGAAUACGUUUAGCCGAAUUUUUUUAAUUGACGAGUGCAAGGCACACAGAGAGCACAUAAAGAACACGUACGAUAUAAUAUAAUAAUUCGUGUCUCUCCUUUCUCUCUCAGUCGCUCAUUAAGAAUCUUUUUGUUACGCCAGCGUCCUCAUUAUGCAUAUAAUGCGCCCGCAAUAUCAAUUAAAAUAGAGCUUCACGAUAAGAUUCUGGGAUAUGGUAAACUUUAUAUCAAAUCGCAUAUCUAAAUGAUAAUAUAAAGUAAGAUAACAUAAUAAUGAAAGAGAAUACUUAGAAUGUGACGCUCGCAAUAGGUCCUAAUUAUUUCACGCAAGCAUGAGAUCUCAGUGUAUGCUAAUUAUGCUCCUGUAAAAAAUCUCAGAUAUCUGUCGGGUAAAACGAUAUAAAUCGCGCUUCCAAAUUACACUCUUGAGACCAAUGCGCGCGCCCUUUGCGUGGCCAACUGAUUUUUAUCGCCCCGCGUACGUUACACCACCAAUUUCUGACAAUACUUAGACGGGGUUAGCCCGCACUCUCUCGAAAACCUAACGAUCCGUGCGCGCAAAACGAGACCCAUACGCCGACCAUGCGUUAGCUCGGAUCCCCUCGCGAAUUAGGGUGCACACGGCCGAGGAAAAUGUAUGUGCAUGCGUGGCGGUCACAUGAUAGUCAAGUCACACGGUGACGAAUAUGAUCGUACGGAGAGAAAAAACCCGGCGUUAUCGUCGCAUUUAUUCGCACGGCUCGCCCAUGAAUUUGUGCACUUGGUCGAUUUCACGCUGAAGUCUAAGAGUACCUGAAUGACUUAUAUUUCUUUCUCUCGCUGAGACGAUCACGGUAAAGAAUGACGAGGGGGAAUUAUGGACGGGCAACGUUCGGCGACUGUCUAGAAUGGUCCUGCAUGUACUCGAGAUAUUUCGGGAAAAAUGAAGAAAUGACAAGACGACGAACGAAGACGAACGAAAGGCACAUAAUAUUUAUGUGCGAGCGAAAUUGUAGAGGAAAAGUUCUGAAAUUAAUCUCAGAACACCAUCUGAGACGCGACAUUCGACAUUCACAGCGGAAAGAGAAAUAACCGGUAGAUAUCGAUUCAGAGGCGAUUUAAUCGCGAAGACGGUCGAGAAGGGAAACCGCGAUGCCGACGUUAAAGGCGAUCGGGACCGUUUCUUUCAGCAAUUCGACACAAAGCGCUCGGCAUUGUGCACUCCUGCAGCUAAAAGCAUUCCACGAGGGCGAAAACGCGCGUGAAGGGAGAAGAACGCCAGGGUAUGUAGGUUAAAAUCUGUUGAUGUACGACUCGCACGUGGAUCACCUUUUCCCUUGUCCGCGAGGCGUCGUCCCUGCUAUUUCUUCGUCUCUUCUCGCGCGUGCUUUUUCUUUUCUUUUCGUUUUUUCUGUCGGCUUCGCGCGCCUCUGAAACGACGGGAACCAAAUGGUGGGGUUAAUGCGCGCACACGCCGCGGGGUGUCGACCAAUUUCCGGGUUCAACUAAUGCACUUAUCAGACAGCCAGAAAGGAUCCCGGGAGAAAGCCCAUGGGGAGGAAAAAUAAUUGAGACGUCCCUCUCUCGUCACGGUUACGGAGAGACGCAAUGCGACUGCAAAGAGGAGGGCGUACGUCGUGGCGCAGUAAAACGAAUUUUAACAUUUUAAUCAGCUGCGUACGCGUCCUAAUCCGACGACGAGGAACACUCGACGAAGAUUACUGACGAAUUAACAGAGUUGCGAGUUCUAGUCCUGGCGUAAUUGGAAGGUAUCCAGUGGAGACGAUGCUCUUCUUGGUAGCAUCCUCGAUAAUAUAAUCUCGGUCGAAAUUAAUCUUUCGUUGAUGUCGCGUUUCGAUGAACUCCGAGCAAGUUCUUUCUGCUUGGUCUUUCAUCUUCGCAACGCGCGUGAAAGAUGCAAUGUGUGUUUCGCGAGAAAAUCGAAAGGAAGCACACGUGGACAUGUAAGAACUCGCGGGUGAAUCAGACUAUUUUUUGCCAUCCGAAUUGGACAGUCACGAUGGGACGCACCUGUCAACGAGCUUUCGUUGUUUAAUUGGUCUUUAGUAAAGAGUCCAAAGAGCACCGCGCGAAGAAAUUGGAAUGGUAAUGCAGCUGUCGCGUGGGUUACGACGCGCGCGUUUCUUUGAGACACCGUUGUAAUUAGAUACCGUCGAAGAACCCGAAGAGCAAUUACGAGAGCAGGCGCGCUCGUCGAUGUUGCACUACACGCGCCGCAACCCGAAUCCUUAAACACCGCUUUGAUCGAGCUCCAAAAGGGCGAGGGAGGAGGAUGAGAACACAGAGCACGCUGUGUCUUCGAAGAUUCGCGUUCCACGACACUUUGAGACGCGGACGCGCGUCAAACGAAAACGACUUUGGAUCACGGGAUCAAGAAAUAUUUUUACGACGCGGUGAUUUUUACUUUGACCGCUCUUUGCACUCUUUGCUAAGUACCAACUCGAUAUAGUCACUUAUGAGAAGUACGAUAAUUUUAAAUCCGCUAGCAAGUUCAUCUCUCCCGCAUCCCGUCAAGAAUUACAGAAAUACACAGAUUGACCUCCUUCGAUUCCACUUGACGCGUUCCGAGAUAUCAGCGUAACUUGAUUCUCACUAAUUACGUUGCGAGACGGAUCUUACAUGACUUCGCGAGAUCGUUUUUAGCGAUCAACGAUCGUCAUCGUCGUCCUAUCCCAGCACGAUCGGCGGGACCACUAUCGCUCAAUCUAUUCCGAGCUUAAUCACAUUUAUUCGUUCGGUGGUAUCGAAGAUGCAAUAUGAUACCGCGCUCCUCGACGCAUCCGGACGAUCUUGAAUGUGACGAAGUGACGCAGUGACAUCGGGAGAACGUCACCGGCGUCGCGGCGGCCGCCGUCGCGCCGAAUUUCUCGGAUUACAUAAACCCAAAUAAUCCCAGUGAGUCAUUCUAAUUCUGGUCGGCGGGGUUGUACCACGCUUACCCGUUCGACCCUCGCCUCCCUGUCCAUCCGUCUCGCUCCCAACUUCUCCCUCUCGCGCAUUUUCAGCCUUCAACCCUCGUCGCCCCUCCGCGUCUGUCUGGCGCACAAAUAGCCGCGACGCGUGUGUCGUCUCUUCGCACACACGAUGGCCCACUUUUCCACGUGGGUCCCGAAAUUAGAGAGCACCCGACACGAGAGUGCCGUACGCCUUUUCAUUUUCGUCGCGGCCGACGCACGUUUAAAGCGCGCUGAUUUCGCGGCGUCCUUCCUAAAUGGCACGCUCUCUCGGCGAUGCUCGAUUAAAAGCUCCGAUGGACAGCGACGGAGUGGAGAAACUUUCUCGGUCCUUUUGUCCCACGUCAUCAGAACGCGGGACAAAUCCCGGCCACGAUUUCGCGUCUGCUCUACACGACGGCAGGCAUUAGAUGCUGUACGGAGGAAUUUAAGGAAUUAUUUAGGUUGAGCUAUUUAGGUCGUUCCUGACCGUGAGAGAAAACACGAUAUGAGCAUAAAGAAUUUCCGAUUCCAAACGGGGUGUUCAGCUUUUGAAACAGGUAAAAUGCUGAAUGAACCGGCUAAUUACGAAAGAUUACUGUUCGUCGCGCAACGCGACACGAAGACCGCAACAAUAUCGUCUAGAGUUAUGUAUUUCUGACCGUGGCCGACAUGGCUGAACAUCCCACUUCCGGCAGUAAACAAUCGUUGGGAAAAGGGGGAUUUUCGGCCGCGAGAGAGAAGCUACCGGAAAACAAAAUAAAUAAAAAAUAAACGGCCGAACGUCCGCGCACGCCAUGUCGCGUGACGCUGAAAAAUGGAGCGAUGACUGGGCGACGUUGAAUGCAUUCCACACUUUUAGCGAUAAUGCGACCGACCACGAUGUACGAUUGCGUCGACGCGGUCGCGGGACUAACCGUCCCAGAUUUCCUAUUCACGGUCCAUUUUCACGAGACAACGAUGAUCAACCACGUGUCACGGCCUCGUGCGCGAGGUCGCAGGUAAUGGGAAUCGUUACGCUUUAGCAACAACUUCAGCGACCAGGGCCGCAGCGCAACUGGUUACAUAUUGCAUAAUAAAAAAACCAAGGAAACAGAUUCGCCUCAUCGAUGUCGACUAAUCGCAGAAGUGAAAAAAAUGAAACUAUUCAAUCAUUAUUAAAAUCAAUCGAGAUUGAUGAAACUGUACUACAAAGUACAUACAUCGUUACAACAUAAAUUAUAUUACAAUGAAAGAAGAAAACAAUUUAAUCAAUGAAGAAUGUUAUAAUUGAUAUUAAAACUAAAUUAUUUCUAAUCCUUAAAGCCACAUAACGAGAAGAAAAUAUCGUGUAAAAUAUAUAUUUUUACGAAUGCAACUGUGCGGGGAUUAAACUGUAUUUUUUCAGUCAAGCGAGCAGAAAUACAUCCCUGUCACAUUUUAUCAGAUUCACACGUCGGUAUAAAAGUACUGUGCUAUGCGAUUCGGAAGGAAGUCGCCGAACAAUCCCGCGAUGACGAGAACGGUGGUGGUCGCAGUUCUGAUAUUACUUUCGAUCUCUAAUGUGAACCUCGUCGACUCCCUGCACGAUAAUCUGGGAAAGUUUCUGGGGACCUCCUCGAUUAGACAAGUGAGAAUACCUGAAUUGCUGAAUCAGUUGUGCAGCCAAUCGCAAGGUUCUAACACGACGCGACGCGAUGCUUGUUACGGUUGCUUCUAUCGUGCGAGCAUCUUACCGCAGGGUUAUUCCAUGUUAAUAGCCAUGUCCGCAUGUGCCAAUACUUACCUCAACAACACCAACUACGGUCAUUGCCAGGCCUAUUUGCGAAACGCGACCAGCAUGCCGAACAACCGGAGUCCUACGAUAAUAUACUGCUCGUUCCUAGAAUGCAUUCGUCAAGUCAAUAAGAACAGUUUGAUCAGGGAAUGCUCUCUCGAAGCCGCAAGAAUGUUCCCCAACUUCAACAACACCAACAGGAACUUCACGGACGCGCAGCUCACGAGAUUGUUCGUCAACACCAGCGCCUGUGUGCUGGCGAAGACUCGUUGCUCCUACAUGAACCCGGUGACCGGCCAGCUCCAGGACGAUGACAUCGUCAACAAGUUGCAUCUACCGUCGUUCAACGCCAUCCUCGUCAAUACCGACUACGAUAUCAACAUCGUGCAGUUGCCGGUCCGUUACGGCAGCAUCGAUGUGUGCUCCAAAUACAGAAACGUCCAGCAGGCGACUUGGCCCGGUGUCGUGUGUUAAUUUAUGGAUAUCAUCGCGCCAAGAUCGGCGGCGGUGGCCGCGUCGGCGGCUUCAACGUUAAAUGACGCGCGGAAUUGUUUUACCAAGCGACCGUUGCGGAAUGAAAUUAACGUGUGCCGCAAUAAAGAUUGUUUCCGUUGGCGCCAACAUUUCGAUCAACAUUUCCACCUGUUCAUUUUGCGAGGACUAUUAAUACAAACGCUAGCGAUUAUGCGGCAUGUGCCAAGCGAGUCACGCGUCCGAAAGAAACAAAAAACAUGUACGUAUAUUCCUUCUGUAGAAAAACUUUUCCCGAGAAAAUAUAUAUAGUUUGUUUGUA